AUGGCCUUCAUUUUUUCCGUGUAUAUCAUUUUGCUCCUCAACACUCCCUCCAUUUUCUCAAUUAAAACUACCACUUUUGAUGUGUCAUCUUCACUUCAUCAAACCCAAACCCUCUUCUCCAACUCACAAAACUCACUUCCUGACUCGUUAAUAACUCGGUCCGAUUCAACUCACUCUCUCCAAACCAACCUAUCACAUCUCAUCCUCCCCCUCCACUCACAUCUCUCCCUCUACAAACCCACCCACAAAAACUAUACCCAGCUCACCCUCUCCCGACUCGCUCAUGACUCGGUCCGAGUCAACUCGCUCACCUCCGAACUCAACCAUGACUCGGGCCGAGUCAACUCGUCCAACUCGCUCACAGCUCAGAAAAAUCUUCAAACCCCCGUCACCGCCGGAACCCGGCAAGGAAGCGGCGAGUACUUCACACGCAUCGGUAUCGGAACCCCGGCAAAAGAAUACUACAUGGUCAUCGAUACCGGCAGUGACGUCAUCUGGAUCCAGUGUGAGCCAUGCACAAACUGUUACCAACAAUCCGACCCGAUAUUCAAUCCAAUUGACUCAUCAACUUACGAAACUGUUUCAUGCAACUCGCCGCAAUGCAACUCACUGGACCUACCGUCAUGCACACUCUUAACUGCCACGUGUCUCUACCAGGUUGAUUACGGCGACGGCUCAACAACAGUUGGCAAUUUAGCCACCGAAACGGUGACGUUCGGCCGUUCCGGCACCGUUCCCAAUGUCGCUAUAGGGUGCGGUCACGAGAACCACGGUUUAUUCUCCGGCGCCGCCGGGCUGAUCGGACUCGGCGGCGCCGCAUUGUCGCUACCGUCACAGAUAAACGCGAAAACCAUAUCCUAUUGUUUAGUCAACCGUGACUCGGUUGACUCGUCGACACUCGAGUUCAACUCGGCGUCCCCCAGUGACUCGGUGACAGCUCCGUUGCUGAAGAAUCAUAAAUUACCGACGUAUUUUUAUAUCGGAAUGACGGGAAUCAUCGUGGGAGACGAGGAAGUGGCGAUACCGAAGGGUUGUUUCGAGAUAGAUAGGUUGGGGCGCGGUGGAAUCAUACUCGACUCGGGGACCGCGGUGACUCGGCUCACGACUCAGGUUUAUGACUCGGUUCGUGACUCGUUUGCGAAAGCGGCGAGUCAGUUGCCGAGUUCGAGCGGGUUUGAUAUAUUCGACACGUGUUAUGAUUUGGGGAAGCUGAAGAAAGUUGAAGUCCCGACGGUGUCGUUUGUGUUUACGGGAGGAAAGACGUUGUGGUUAAAAACGAGUAAUUAUUUGGUGCCGGUUGACGGGAAGGGUAAGUAUUGUUUUGCGUUUGCGGCGACGCCGAGAUCGUUGUCGAUAAUUGGGAAUAUUCAGCAGCAGGGGAUUCGGGUUAGCUAUGAUAUUGCCAACUCUUUGGUUUCUUUUUCGCCGGAUAGUUGUUAGUAGUUACAGAGGAACAUAAUAUGGUUCAGAAAUGGGACUAAAAUGAUUUGCAUGGACUUGUGAGGACUCGACUGCUAGAUAUUUUUCUGCAAGUGUAGAGGUCACUCUUGUAUUUUACUUUGGCAUAGAAUGUUUUGUAUGGAGUGGAGAGUAUAUGUUUUGUAUGUUUACGAAGAAUUAUGUUAUUAUCUACCGUAGAAGGCGAAUCAGUUUUACAAUAAUUU